AUGGACGCAAUUCAUCAAUCGAGUCGCGCGGGCGAUGACAAGGCGGCAUUCCAACACCAUGAGAACAGCGACUCGGAGCACACCAGCCACCAGGAAAAGGAUGGAUCAAGGUCCGAAGAAGCUAUGCACGAGUCGGAGAUGGACGUCCCGAUGACAUUCCGUCGUUUCAUGGGCUUUGUUGCCAUGGCUUUCUUGUGGACUGGAAGCCAGAUUCCUGUCUAUCUUUUCGGUGGCAUUCCACCCUAUAUCUAUGGUGAUAUUGGUGGAGCAGAUCGAUGGGUCUGGUUUGUGAGUGGAUACCUUCGGAUGAACAUUGUGCUGGGGGCUAAUGAACAGGUCCUUGCAAAUUUGCUCGGUCUUGCAGGUGUAUGUCCUUUCGUUGGAUCUAUAUCCGAUUUAAUCGGCCGUCGCCCAGUCGCUAUCAUCGGAGCUUCCCUAAUUGUCAUUGGAAUGAUUGUGUGCAGUACAGUGAACUCGAUGAAUUACUUUAUCGCCGGAAUGGCCAUUGCUGGAGCUGGAGCUGGAGUUAACGAGUUAACAGCCCUUGCUGCAACCUCUGAAAUGGCACCAACUCGGAAACGAGGUGUUUAUGUCUCGGCACUUAUCUUCACCAUCGUACCAUUCUGUCCAUCUGUGCUAUGGGCCCAGCUUAUCGCAUAUUACAGCCAUUGGCGGUACGUUGGAGCCUUUUGUGGCGCAUGGAGUGCCUUUGGAUUAUUGGUCACAAUAUUUUUCUACUUUCCUCCCCCGCGAGUCAACUCCCAGGGACUUAGCAAGAAGGAGAUCAUUGGUAGAAUUGACUUUGUUGGUGGUUUCCUCAGUAUCACAGGUCUGAUUGUCUUCUUGGCGGGCUUGCAAUGGGGUGGAUAUAUGUAUCCUUGGAGCUCAGCCCAUGUUCUGGCGCCGCUGAUCAUUGGAUUCCUUUUGCUUGUCGCAUUUGGCUUCUGGGAAAUCUACGGAGCUAAAUAUCCGAUCUUCCCUUCCCGUUUGAAGCAAGAGCCUCGCACUCUAGGUCUAACACUUGUCAUCACUUUCAUUUCUGGUGCCAACUUCUUCUCUGUGCUGAUGUUUUGGCCCACGGAGUCAUUCAACGUCUAUGGUCAUGACCCGGUCGACGUGGGUGUCCGCAGUAUUCCAAUUGGGUUUGGAAUCAUGGCAGGGGCGUGUAUUGUUCUCGCAUUACUUUCCGUCCUCCGAGGACAUAACAAGGAACUCUUGAUCAUCAGUAGUGUUCUGAUGACCGCAGGAUGUGGAGCCAUGUCAAUUGGACGAACUAAUAACAUGUACCAACUUUGGGGUAUUCUCGUUCUCGCAGGCCUCGGAAUCGGGGGCAUUGUAGUGCCUGCCUCGAUCAUCACCACAAUCAUCUGCCCAGAUGAUCUCAUUGCCACCAUCUCGGCGCUUACUCUAUCUAUCCGUGUUGUAGGCGGUGGUAUUGGCUAUACCAUCUACUACAAUGUCUUUAUUUCCAAGUUUGUGCCGGCAGCAACCCAUUACAUUGGCGGCGUGAUGAUGACAGAGCUCAAUAUCACCGACGUCAAGCUCAUCGGCGAAGCAAUUGAGUUGACAGGUGCCUCGUUGCUUGAUGAGCUGCGCCUGAUCCCUGGGAUUGCUGGCAACGAAACUGCCUACCAAAUGGUAGUGGAAGCAGGGCAGAUCGCCUAUGCUGAGGGAUACAAGUGGGUAUACUAUGUCAGUAUUGCAUUUGGUGGUGUCUCUAUCCUGGCGGCUUGCUUCAUGGGCAGCAUCAAGAAGUACAUGACGGAUCAUGUCGCUGUUUUGUAUCGUGGGGCCGCCGAUCAUGACGCGCCAAGCCCGGCAACUUUUUUACGCCGCAACCACCGACACAACUUUAGACCAGCCAUGGCUUCCAACCCUCCCAAGCGGAAGCCCUCAGGCCCGCAAGCAUCUCGAGGAUCAAACAAGCGCGCCAAAACCUACGAUGCGCGUACACUGGCCGUGCAGUCGGCCGACGCCGCACUCUCUGCAACAGGCGAACUUGAUGUCGCCGCCUAUUCUGCAGCUCGGGCAUUCGAGAUUCAAGCCCUCGAGGAAGGGAUGCAACGGUCAAAAAAUGCACUCACAACACGGGCAUUUCAGAAAGUUCCUCGCUCGCUCCGGCGCCGUACAGCGAGUCACAAUGUGAAGCGCGUUCCACAGAGGUUGAGAGCUCGAGCCAAGCGAGAGAUGGUCGAAGAUAAAACGCCCACGGUUACCGCGCGCAGGCGCAAACCGUCUCAGAUCAUGCGCAUUCGUCUUGAUACCGCCCGGAGGCUGCAAGCACUGAACGCCAAAGCGAAGGCCCGACGGGCAGCUGCGAGAACCAAGGAACAGAAAGAAGACGAGAAAAAUCUGAAAGAGCAAGGGAGUCAUAUGUUUGAUAUCGCACCACGGGUACCCAAGAUCAAGAAGAACAAGCUGUCGAGACCCACGCCCGCAGAACCCAAAUAUCGCAAGCGCCAAAAGUGCAAGACUUGGCUACCCACGCACUUAUACCACGCCAAACGGGCCCAUAUGGCCACGACCAAAGAUCCUUUAUGGCGUUUUGCAGUCCCGUUGUCUCCUACCGAGAAAAGUUAUCGGCCCACUCACCGUGCCAGAGGCGCCAGGGGUGCUAUAGCUUGGGACAUGAGUUAUAUGUCCACGAUCCAGCUGGAAGGCACAGAAGCUGCUAUCCAGGCUGUUCUCAUGGCAGUGGGCGUUGAUGGGGAUGUUGCAUGGGGUACAAAGGGGAAGAAGUGGAGAGCCGGUACCCGAUCUCUGCAGACUUGGACAUUCGAGAAGGACCAUCGUUUACGUCCAAUUGCACCGGUGACACUGGUAUGGUGUGCCAAGCAACAGGAUGUCGAGAUGGUCGAUGCCGGUCAGCCUCAAUCCAAGUCAUCGAAGAAAGACCACCGAAAGCUUUGGAUUAGGGUCCACCCCUCGGCAUUUCUCCAGCUGUGGAAUGAUGUUCUCGACAGUUCUAAGAAGCAGAACCCUCCUGUCAUGGUUGAAGACCUGCGCUUCGAUAUCGGCAGUAUCGAAAUCUCUGGGCCUGGAUCUACCGAAGCCUUACUGGCAACUUUGAAACCAAUCCUUGAACCUGACUCUAAUGGACCGCCAGCACAAAGCCCAGAAGCUGUUUGGCCAGCUCUUCUCGGUGUUUCAAACCCUUCUUCAUUGCCAAGUAAUGCUUUGCUGUCUUUUGCUGUCUCCGACCCUCGUCUACAUUUCCCACCACGCACACAUCACGUUCCUGAUAACGAAUCUCAUAUGAACGACCUUGCCAUUUUACUUUCUCAAUGGAGUCCCGACAAAACACAAGGCCCAUCGACGCUGUUCGAUCGAUCCACUCGAUUAACGGCAGCUCGUCAGCUCCCCAGCCAGCAGGCUAUUAACCGGCGACGCACUCUUGCUGGUCCCGGUAACUACCCACCAGCCCAGCCGACUGAUCCCCAAAUUCCUAUCAUGAUCAUGGCAAACAAACCCCAAGCCCGAGAGAAGCGUAGCAACGCCCCGGGCUCUUGGACUAUUCUAUUGCCAUGGAAAUGCGUCGUUCCGGUAUGGUACUCGCUCAUGUUCUACCCGCUUUCCAGCGGAGGCAAUCCCUUGCUUGGUGGACUGAAGCAACAGCAACAACUUGCCUUUGAAGCUGGUGAAGCUUGGUUCCCUGGAGACUUCCCGGGAACCCGAGCAGGCUGGGAAUGGUGGCAACGCGAGACGAAGAAGUCUCAGGAUGAAUGGGAGCGCCGUCCAAAAGGGCGCCGUCCCGAAUUUGACAGCCUCUCGCUGGCAGAAGGCCGGCCAAAGGGCGAGAUUGGCCGCGGUUGGGCUUGUGAUUGGGAACGACUGAUUCAAGGGCCGUCCCAAAGUGCCGACGUCAACCACAAGGUUCCAUCUGAGAAACAGGCAGCUGAGGUGAAGAAGUCUGACUCAGAUGAUGCCUCCAGUCUCGCCGUUCCACCCCUCGACCUCCAUAAUGUUCGCUUCCCGCGGAUUGAUACCAAUCAAACUCUGGACAAGCUUGACAAGUCUUCGGUCAAUGCUUCCGCUCUUGCCACUGUUCAUAUCUCCCUCAUUUCUAGGGGCACACCCACACCCCGUGCACGCAUUUAUCGACUUCCCUCGGAUCCAACAUUACGUCAAAAAUGGCUUGCGCUUGCCUCAAAGCUUAAGUCUACCCGACCAGAGGCGGCGAGUGAUGAGGCUUCCCCUGCCUCUGUCACAGCUGGACGUCAACUUGCCGAGUCUUUGAUGGCAUCUAUAUCUGAUGACCCCGAUUCUGAGACCCUGGACGUGCCCAUGGAGGAAGACCUGAUUGGAUUUGUCACAACGGGCAAUUACAAUCUCUCCGAAGGAAAAAGUACAGGCAUUGGAUGCAUUCAGCUUUCGAAGGUGUUGGCCCUGGAGUCCAAGCCCUCUGAAAGGCGAAUGUGUAUCAUUCGGACCGCUGGCGAGAAGAUCGGCCGGCUGGGCCAGUGGGAGUUUGUAUAA